GCAACCAGAGCACCGAUGCGAGAGUUGCGGUCGGAGAGCAGUGAGCGACCGCUGUCCCCGGACAGGACCCAGGCGGGCCCCAGUGGGAGGGAAGGAAGAAAGGAAAGGAUAAUGCCACCGCUGCCGCUGCUGCCAUCCCCGGAGCCCGAGGAGGAGUCGUGACUCGAGCCUGCCAUGGACCCGAAGGCGGGCGGGGGCGAGGAGGAGGAGGAUGAUUGUGUGGACUCGGGAGCUGAGACCGGCGGGUCAGACUACAGCCAUAUGUCCUCUACCAGCAGUGAACUUUCCGUGGAAGACACUCAGGAUCCCUUCCUUGUCAGCGUCCAUGUUAUCACAGACCCAGGUGAGUCCAAAGCCCUCCAGGAGGCCAUAGACAAGGUUUUGGCUUGGGUCCACCCAGAUCUCCAGCUCUUCCGUGUGUCAGAAAGGAGAGUGGCUCGGAAACGGAAGAGGCAGAACAAGAUCUCCCAGCCGGCCCUCGCUGUGGUUCUCUUUCUACAGGAGGAAUAUGGAGAAGAGCAGAUUUUGGAACUCCAUGAAACUUUCCAGAGGCCGCCAUGGCACUACCACCAUACAGAGCAAGUCCAUGGCAGGUUCCUCCCCUACCUACCCUGUAGUCAGGAUUUCUUCACCCUGGCCCCAGGAACCCCACUCUGGGCCCUCCGCCCGGUGCAUUAUGGGAAAGAAAUUAUCCGUUUCACCAUCUACUGCCGGCAUGAGAACUUUGCUGACAUCCUGAAGCUCUAUGAGCUGAUCCUGAAAAGGAACCCGAGUCAGAGGAAGUCAGACUUCUGCAUUUUCCCCAUUUACUCAAAUCUGGAUGUGGACAUCCAGUUCUCUCUGAAAAGACUCCCCAGUGGCCAAACACCAGUGCCCACCGACUCCUCUGUGCUAGAGUUCCGAGUGAAGGACAUCGGGCAGCUUGUCCCUCUUUUGCCCAAUCCCUGCAGCCCAAUAAGUGAAGGAAGAUGGCAGACAGAAGACCAUGAUGGGAACAAGAUCCUUUUGCAGGCACACAGUUUAUAUAGAAAAUCUUCUAAAGCCAGCAAGCUUCACUUCUACCCGGAGAAGACUCCUUCCUUCCCCCCUUCAUCCAGCUUCAUUCCACGGAGUCGCACACUCAGCAGCGGCCAGCAGCAGCAAUUAGGCGGUCCAGCCAGUGGCCUCUACCAGCCCGACCUACCUCCCGGGAAUCAGGGAGGACGGACUCAAAGAAACAGCAGUGCUCAUCACCCUCCCUGGUCAUUCCAGAGGAGCAAAUCACUGUUUUGUCUGCCCACUGGAGGAGCUCCCCUUGCCUCUGACUCUUUGCCCUUGGUUGAACCACUGUGGGUUUUAAGCAGAGGCUCCCCAGCAGAAGAGGCAUCAGAACAGAAACAGAACCCCAAGCUGUCUGUCGAUGACUUAGAAGGUGCCCAGGAAACUGAUGUGGACACAGGCCUAAAGCUUUCCUUCUCGGACUUGUCUGUGGUCUCGGCUUAUUCAGCUCCUAGUGGGUUUUGCAAUAAUUUGGAAACUUUCCUCCCCCCAAGAAAAUGUCACCCCCAUCAGCCAAAACUGGGAGCUUCCAAAGGAAGGCCGCUAUCUGCUUCAAGCAGCAUGACAGCUGAGGCCCCCUGCACUUCCCUUUCCUCAUUUACCGAGGGGUCGUCCGGCUCUCCCCCUUCGUCUACAGCUUCUCCCUUCGCAUCCUCCUCUACACUCAAGGAGACCUCUGGCCCCCCUGCUUCCCACUCUUCAGAAAUCAGGGAAACUAGUGACAACCUCCAACAACUUGCUGCAGAGUCCUCCCCGACUCAUGAAAUAGAAGAGUUCUACAUCUGAAGUUUUCCUCACUAUCACCCCAUACUUGGAGUCUCAAAAAUUCUCACCUACCCUUGUCCCCAUUGCGCUGCUGAGUUACAAACACUGAGAGUGUUUAUGUAGCAACAUCUGUACUCCUCUGGAAAUGAAUUACUUGCCCUGUUUCUAAGAAAUCUGUAGCAUAUGUGAUAUAAUCAUUACUUAGCAGAGAGCUGCUCUCUUUCCAGAGACAAUGGAGAAACAUUGACAUUGUUAUGCCAACAACGCAUAUCUUUAAGUUGCAAAAUGUUGUUUUAAAAAGAGAAUCAACUUACAGACAUAAUUUAUUGUUUGCAUAACUCAAACACAUCUUUUUACCACCUGAAGUGGAAAAAAAAUAAGCCAACCUGUGUUAUUAUGGUUUGGUAAUUCUUACAACUAUGAAGGCAAAAUAAUUAAAGCCAGGAUACUGAAAUUUGGAAA